AUGAAAUCUGUAAAAGAAUACAUUGAGCAUCGUUAAUAAGUCAUAACAGAAGAAUAAAAUUAAUAAAUAAAACAAUAUUAACAAAACCUAAAAUAGCAAACAAUCCAAUAUCAUUAAAUAAUAGAUAUAACAUCUGAAAUAUCCAAAGGCAAUUAUAAUCCUGCCCUUCUAUGUAUUAAAAUGAAAUAUAUAGAUAUUAAUAUAAAAGAUAUUUACAGUUAAACACUAUUACAUAAUUGUGUUUUAGCUAAUUAAUUAGACUUAGCAGUAUUUUUAUUAAAUAAUGGAGCAGAUCCGAAUAUUCCAGACAAUUUCAAUCGCACGGCUUUAAUGAUGGCAGCUAAUGGGGGUGGAACGGUUCAAAAUAUAGACUAAAAAAGCAACGAAUUUAAAGCAAUAAGCCAAAACUAUAUCAAAAUUUUCAAAUUAUUGAUUGAUUUUGGGGCAUGUAUUCAUUCCAAGGAUAUAUAUUAAUUUUCCGCAAUAUUAUAUUCAAUUAGAAAUUAAAAUAUCCUCAUUUUUUUCUAUUUAUUGUACCUAGGAGCUAAUAUACAUGAUUCAGAUUCCAAUUCUUCCACAAUAGUACACUGGACAGCUUAUAAAGGCAAUCUUUUCCUAUUAGAAUUAUUAAAUACGUUAAAUUUAGACCUUUUUUCAGCUGAUAAUUAAGGUUAUUCACCUUUAAAGAGAUCUUUCUUGAAUAAUUCAUAUGAUAUAGUGAGUUUUUUAGGCAAUUUAAAUAAGUAGCAACUCCCUGAUCUCCAAAAAUAAAAGGAAGAUGAUCCCGAAAGAAUUAUUUCCCCUUCUUUAAUUAAUAUUAUUAAAUAAAUAUAAAAAAAAGAGUCUACUUAUUCCUAUAUAUUGGCAAAUAAAUGGGAAAAAAUUACCUCUGAAUAUAAAAAAGUACACCCCUUUUCUUAUUUUUACUUCAUUUUUGGCAUUCUUCUAGGUUACAUAUAUUAUUCAACUAAAAAUAGCCAUUUUUACUUUAAUUUAUUUUUCUUUAUAUUAUUAUUUUUCUACAUCAGCUUCUCCAUAUGGACUAUUAACUCCAUUGUUUCUUACAAAGAUAGGCAUAUAGAUUCGGAAAAAUACAGACUUUUAAAUAAAAAAAUGGACUAUAAACACUUAAAUAAUCUUCUUAAAAACUCAAAAAUAUAAAGCUUUAAUCACGAUAUAAUAAAAAUAGACGAAAACGAGGAAAAUCUACCAUCUUUUAUGCACGAAAUAUCUCUUUUAUAUUAAAACAACUAUUUUAGUAGUUUAAAUAAAGUUGAUUUUAAACGCAUAUGUGGAAUAUGUUUAAAAUUUAAAGGUGUGAAAGUCCAACACUGCCAUAAAUGUGGAAUAUGUGUCCCUUUUUACAAUCAUCAUAAUUUCUUUUGGAACAAAUGCAUUUCAGCGGAAAAUCAUUUAUUAUUCUUUUUAUAAAUAAUAGUCUAAUAAGUAACUUUAGUCUCGUUUUUUUAUUUUUAUGUCGAUUUCUACUCUAAUUAAUUAAGUUCUUGGGUUAUUUUUUAAUAUGUAGAGACUUUUUAUCUUAUAAGUAAAUUUUAAAAUAUAUUUUAUGCCUUAUUUUUCGUUUUCGUGGGAUUAUUGGCAUUUUUUAAUGGAAUUUUCGUUUUAAUGGAAUUCGUUGGAGUCUUAACUAACAGAACAAGGGACGAAAUUCUAAAUCCUUAAGAAUAUACCUAUUUAUAUGAAAUUGUAGCCGAUAAAAAAGGAAGACUUUUUAAAGUUUAAAAAAAUAGAAAAGAAAAUAUUUCGAUAUAUUUAAAGGAUAAUAUAAUUAAAUAUAUUAUAAGAUGUUUUUUAUAUAUGAAAAUAAUUAAAUGA